AUGGGUCAGUCACGAAGGCCAGUAGGCGGCGAAAAGAAAAGUCGCUUCGGCCGCAACAAGGCUGUCGCAGACGUUGGUGAUGGGCGCCAGACGGGCAAGUCGCAAGUCAAGAAGGCCACCUUUGAAAGCUCCAAGAAGAAGGAAAUCGGCGUUUCCGACCUCACGUUAUUGAGCAAGAUCUCCAACGAAGCCAUCAACGACAAUCUGAAACUGCGGUUCGAGCACGAUGAGAUCUAUACCUACAUUGGCCAUGUGCUGGUCUCUGUCAAUCCGUUCCGCGACUUGGGAAUCUACACCGAUAAAGUCCUCGACUCCUAUCGCGGCAAGAACCGGCUCGAGGUCCCUCCGCACGUCUUUGGAGUUGCCGAGUCAGCAUACUACAACAUGAAGUCAUACAAAGACAACCAGUGUGUGAUCAUUUCGGGAGAGUCGGGUGCGGGAAAGACAGAAGCCGCCAAGCGCAUCAUGCAAUACAUUGCUAGUGUCUCGGGCGGGAGCGACUCCUCGAUUCAGCAGACCAAGGACAUGGUGUUGGCCACAAACCCGCUCCUCGAGUCCUUUGGCAAUGCAAAGACAUUGCGCAACAACAAUUCCUCGCGAUUCGGCAAGUACUUGGAGCUGGAAUUCAAUGCUAAUGGCGAGCCGGUUGGUGCCAACAUCACAAAUUACCUCCUCGAGAAGUCUCGCGUCGUUGGCCAGAUCACCAACGAGCGAAACUUCCACAUCUUCUACAAAUUCACCAAGGCUGCACCGCAAAAAUAUCGCGACAAUUUUGGUGUGCAACAACCACAGACCUACCUGUACACCAGCCGUUCCAAGUGCUAUGACGUGCCGGGUGUCGACGAUGUUGCGGAAUUCAAGGAUACGCUUGAUGCGAUGCGCAUGAUCGGAAUGACGGAACCAGAGCAGGACAAUGUUUUCCGGAUGCUUGCGGCGAUUCUGUGGAUCGGAAAUGUCCAGUUCGCUGAGGAUGACUCCGGCAAUGCGUCAAUCACGGACCAAUCGGUGGUGGACUUUGUAGCAUAUCUGCUCGAGGUCGAUUCAGCUCAGGUGAACAAAGCGCUGACGCUUCGUCUCAUGGAGACUGCGCGUGGUGGUCGCCGAGGUUCAAUUUAUGAGGUUCCUUUGAACACGGUGCAGGCUUCCGCUGUGCGGGAUGCGUUGGCCAAGGCCAUUUAUUUCAACCUUUUCGACUGGAUCGUCGGGCGCGUCAACCAGUCUUUGACUGCGCGGGGAGCUGUGGCCAAUUCGAUUGGUAUCCUGGAUAUCUACGGAUUUGAGAUCUUUGAAAAGAACUCUUUUGAGCAGCUUUGCAUUAAUUAUGUCAACGAGAAGCUUCAGCAGAUUUUCAUCCAGUUGACGCUCAAGGCCGAGCAAGAUGAAUAUGCCCGUGAACAGAUCAAGUGGACGCCGAUCAAGUACUUCGACAACAAGGUGGUUUGCUCUUUGAUCGAAGACAAGAGACCUCCCGGUGUGUUCGCGGCGUUGAACGAUGCCUGUGCGACUGCCCAUGCCGAUUCAGGUGCGGCUGAUAACACCUUCGUGGGGAGACUGAACUUCCUAGCGCAGAACCCCAAUUUCGAGGCGCGUCAGGGCCAAUUCAUCAUUAAGCACUACGCCGGUGAUGUGAGCUACGCCGUUGAGGGCAUGACCGACAAGAACAAGGAUCAGCUGUUGAAGGAUUUGCUGAACCUGGCGGGGUCAAGCAGCAACGAGUUUGUGCACACGCUCUUCCCGAACCAGGUGAACCAAGAUGAUAAACGUCGUCCCCCCACCGCGGGUGACAAGAUCAAGGCGUCCGCGAACGACCUUGUCACGACUCUCAUGAAAGCCCAGCCGUCUUAUAUUCGUACGAUCAAGCCCAAUGACAACAAAGCGCCUCGGGAGUACAACGAAGGCAAUGUACUUCAUCAAAUCAAGUACCUGGGUCUGCAGGAGAACGUGCGCAUUCGCCGUGCUGGUUUUGCAUACCGUCAGACCUUUGACAAAUUCGUUGAGCGGUUCUACCUCCUGUCGCCCAAGACCUCCUAUGCCGGUGAUUACACGUGGACAGGUGAUUCCGAGUCCGGUGCCAAGCAAAUUCUCCGUGAUACCAGUAUUCCAGCGGAAGAAUACCAGAUGGGUAUUACCAAGGUCUUCGUCAAGACUCCCGAAACGCUCUUCGCGUUGGAGGCUAUGCGUGAUCGAUACUGGCACAACAUGGCCAUUCGUAUCCAGCGUGCUUGGCGAAACUACCUCCGCUACCGCAUCGAAUGCGCGAUCCGCAUUCAGCGUUUCUGGCGGCGGACAACGGGUGGUCUUGAGCUGCUCAAGGUGCGCGAUCAGGGCCACCAGGUCUUGCAGAACCGCAAGGAGCGCCGCCGAAUGAGUUUGCUUGGGUCGCGUCGCUUCCUUGGGGACUAUCUCGGGGUGGGCAACAAGGGUGGUCCUGGUGAAAUGAUUCGCAAUGGCGCCAACAUCAGUAGUUCGGAGGAUAUCUUGUUCUCCUGCCGUGGUGAAUUACUCGUCUCGAAGUUUGGACGAUCCAGCAAGCCUGUGCCUCGCAUCAUUGUUCUUACCAACCGCAACGUGUACAUCGUUUCUCAGAGCAUUGUCAAUAACCAGCUAGUGAUUGCUUCGGAGCGAACGAUUGCUCUUGGGGCGAUCAAGAGCGUCAGCACAUCCAACCUGAAGGAUGACUGGUUCUCUUUGGUGAUCGGAGCUCAAGAACCCGACCCUCUUCUGAACUGCGUGUUCAAAACCGAAUUCUUCACCCAUCUUUCCAAUGCUCUUCGAGGGUCUUUGAACCUCAAGAUUGGCGACAGCAUCGAGUACAACAAAAAGCCCGGGAAGCUGGCUUACGUCAAGGCUGUCAAGGACCCAGCGGCGGGUGCUGUUGACAGCUACAAGAGCAGCACUAUCCACACUAGUGCCGGAGAGCCGCCAAGCUCCGUAUCCAAACCUACUCCGCGAGCAAAGCAGGUUGCCGCGCGACCCGUCACAAAGGGCAAACUGCUUCGACCAGGCGGCCCUGGCGGCGGGCCUUCGAAGCUCUCCGCUGCCGCCCGGAAGCCUCCCCCUGCGGCACAGCCCAUGCCCCAGGCGAGCCAGCCCGCCGCUCAACCUCGAAUUGUGCCUCAGCCCGUGGCGGCCGUGUCCGCCGCGGCGGCGCACUCGCGCAACACGUCGACCAGCUCCGCCAGAGCUCCUCCUCCGCCGCCCCCCUCUGCACCUCCUGCCGCCUCCAAGAAGCCCACUGCCAAGGUGUUGUACGACUUUAGCAGCGAUCGUGACAAUGAGUUGAACAUUCGAGCUGGUGAAAUUGUUCAAAUUGUUUCCAAGGAAGGGAACGGAUGGUGGCUCUGCAUGAACAUGACCACGUCCACCCAAGGUUGGACACCCGAGGCCUAUCUCGAGGAGCAGGUUGCGCCCACGCCCAAGCCCGCCCCUCCUCCUCCCCCACCAGCAGCCCCUCGGGCUACCCCAAGCCCCGUCGCGAAUGGCACGGGGGCUGUUGCUGCAGCCAAAUCCAAGCCUGCCCCGCCCGCCCCGCCUAUGAAGCGGCCUAACAUGGCCGGUCGUAAGCCGGCUCCUCCUCCCGCCCCGCGCGAUAGUGUCCUGAGCAUGAACUCGGGUGAUUCCUCGGGCGCUAGUGGCCGGGGCACUCCCAACAGUACCUCAAACGCCAGUCUCGCAGGCGGCUUGGCCGAGGCAUUGCGUGCGCGCCAAAGUGCCAUGCAAGGGAAGCACGAUGACGAUGAUGACUGGUAG